CAAAAUAAGGGGUAAAAGAAAAAAGGAAAUUCCAUAUACUCUCAGAUACAAAAUGGUAAAGCAGAUGCUGCUGCAGCUGUUGCUACCUCUCGCUUCCAGACCAGGCUGCUUCAUCACGCGCACAUCAAGGCCAAGGGGGCUCCGACCAAUUUCCUCCACCAAGAUGUCGUCGGAAUCCUACACGUUCGGGCCUUACAAGAUACCCCACGAGGAAGUGUUCUACUCCUCCCAGCUUUCCUAUGCCAUGGUUAAUCUACGUCCCGUCGUUCCUGGUCAUGUGCUUGUCUGUCCAAGGCGUGAAGUUAAGCGUUUUGUUGAUCUCACUGUUGAUGAGACUAGUGAUUUAUGGCUCACUGCACAGAAGAUAGGCAGUCAGCUUGAGAGCUACCACAAAGCAUCAUCUCUCACAUUUUCAAUCCAAGAUGGGCCCCAGGCAGGACAGACGGUACCACAUGUGCACAUUCACAUCCUGCCACGGAAAGGCGGUGACUUUGAGAAGAAUGAUGAGAUCUAUGACGCAAUUGACGAAAAGGAGAGAGAUUUAAAGCAAAAGCUUGACUUGGAUAAAGAAAGAAGGGACAGAAGCAUUGAGGAGAUGUCCCAAGAGGCAGAUGAAUACAGAAAGCUCUUGUAAUUGUUAUUUUUGCAUGAAAUAUUUAUUAGUUAAAUAAAAAAAAAAAAAAACUAUCUGAAUGGUCAGGGAAAAGAUUUUAUAGCAUAUAUUGUGAGAUUUUCUCUCUGAUGAAAGGUGAAGAUUGAGAUGCCAAGCUUGUCAUAUUAAGAUGAUAAUCAUAUAGCCUUUUCAAAGUUUGUCAUAGCCGUAUGGCAUGCAUGGAUUAUUUAUAAUUUUAUGAUAUCUUGGAUUCCUAAAUAA